UGUGCCUCCGUUCUCUGAUUUCUCUGCAUCUCUGCUCUCUACUCUCUGCUCUCUGCUCUCUCCUACUAUCACUUCCCAAAAACGAACCCUCCUACUCCGACCUUCGCCCUUUACCCUCAACCUGCAAUUGUCUUGCAGUCUGCUUCACUGCCACUUGUUCCAUCUGACACCCAAAGGACUGGACACUGCUGCUUCAGCUCCUUUGUUUCGUCCUUUCCUUCUCUGGAUCCUGGCCUGACCUGUCUCGACUUGCACUGCUCUUCAAUUUCCCCGAAUCCUCUGCAUUUGGGUGGUUCCUGCACCCCGUCUGGGACAUUUUCCACCUUUUUUUGAAAUUGAGGCUCGUGCUCUCACACCUCCACCUGAAUCUUCGCAUCACCGCACCGUUCAAGUUACGCCGCUAGACAUCGAUUCUGUCACCGCUUGCCUGAUCUAUUGCAGACCACUUGUAUAUCCUCUUACGCUGCCUUGUCUUCCUCCCUUCUGGUGCCGCCUGACUGGCUGGUCCUGUCGAAUCAGCUCCCGUUUCUCUCCUGUGCGACUCUGCCAGCGUCCCUCCUGCAACUGAUGGCCUCUGCGCCCAGUAUCACUGCCAAUUCCUCAACCUCCUCCAUCGCCCUCGUAAAUUCCGGCACUUCGCAGAACAGUCAUGGUCAGGCAAGAAACACGAUGAGGUCCAACAACAACGCGAAGGCUGCGGAUCAAGGUCGCAAACAGAGCCCCGUCGACGGAGCACCACGGCGACCCAUCACACAGAAAGCUUGGGGCUCUGGCACCAACUCGUUUUCUCACCGAACUGCCAUGGCUACACAGCAAAAUGGAACUACCCCACAGCCGAGAAACAUGACAAACAAUAGACUCGUCGGCCAGAAAGAUCAAGGUAUUUCGGACAAACAGGCCCAUGAAAGAUUAUCAUUCAUUCUUGCUGCCGCCAUCGGCUUGACUAUCGUUGUCACGGUCAAGAAUGGCGACAGGUUCGAGGGCUUGCUCUCUGGCUCCAAUCCUCAGAAUGGCUUGUCUAAAAUAACCUUAAAGAUGGUCAGAAAAUCACACGCAGCGCAGGGCAAUGGUUCUGCAUUUCUGGAAGCGGCCUUCAUUGGCGCGAGUCCCGAUCAUGCGUUGAAUGUCGACAUCAAGGAAAUCACCGAUGUAUCGAUCCCCGACUUUGCCACUGCUCAAUCCACCAAGGCUGCAAACGGUUCGUCUUCUGCCUUUCAGACCGAUGCUGAUAUUUCUGGCAAUCAAAACCGAGGGGAAAGACUGCUUCAAAGAUGGGUUCCUGAAGGCCCAGAUACAACUGACUUCAGCCUCGAACAAUCUGCCUCUUCGGGCACGUGGGAUCAGUUUGCUGUCAAUAACCAGCUCUUUGGCGCAAAAAGUACCUAUGACGAGAGCCUAUACACUACCACCAUCGACCGCACCGCUCCUUCCUACAAAUCCAGGGAGGCGGAGGCGGAAAGGCUGGCUAGAGAAAUUGAGGGCACAGCAUCUACAAUCGCCCACGUUCGUGAGGAGCGUGGUCAGGCUACGGGGAAUGAUGGCGAAGAUGAGGAGGACAAAUACAGUGGAGUCCGCCGUGAGACUCGGACAUUUCAACCUCUCCCUGGAGGAGCAACAAACAAGUAUACUCCUCCAGCACGACGAGCACCAACUGGCCAAGCCACCGUCCCGGGAGCACCAAUUGAUCCGGCUAUCAUUUCUUCACAGUUGGCGCCUCCUCAGCACCCAAGGACCGCCCCCGAAAAGCCAGAGGCAGGGACUGCACAAUCGGCCACAACAGACGUGUCCGCGGCAACUCUAACAGAAGCCACGACCACAGACCAAAAGCCUUCCACCAUCAACUUGUCAGCCCAACCGAAGACGUCCAUCGAAGACACCACAGACAAGGAAAAGGACACCGAGGCUCAGCUCGCGCAUUCUGCGACCCCCACUGGUCCGACCUCACCAGGCCCAACCGAGAAUGUCGAGGUCAAGGUUCUGAACCAAUUCCGCCAAUUUGCUGACGCCGAAAAGCAACGCGUCAUUGAGAGGAGGAAAGCACAAGCAAGUCAAGAUCGGACAGCCAAAUUGAACGAGCUACUUCGGUUUUCCAAGACGUUCAAGCUGAAAACGCCUAUUCCGACCGAUCUUAUAGGCAUUUUAGCAAAGGAUCCCGUGAAACAGGAAGCAAUUGUUGAAAAGGCCCAGAAGGAACAUGAUGGCUCAAGCACUUCCGCUUCAGCAAGAAUGGCCUCUCCUGUCGCGUCCCCUGAUACUUCAAGCCCUCGCAAGGUUGACGCUCCUGUUGCACAGCCUUCGCUGCCAGACCGACAAACCUUCAACCGCACACGUGGCGGGUUCCCUCCAAAUGGUCGACCCGAUCGUCCAUUGAGCCAACAACAAACCAUGGGUUAUCCCAACCCACGCAACAACGGCGCGAACUAUCCUCCUCGAUUUCCUAGCCAACAAGGAGGAAAGACGAACUCGUCGCACCCAUUACCUGCCCCCAUUCCGCUCAUCGGCGGCCGCGUUCCCCCAGCGGGACCUUUGGCUGAGCAAAACGGUGUGAGGAGUCCCCAACGUUCGACUGCUCCUACUCCAAAUUCUGUCGUAUCCAACAAAUUCAAUCUCAACGUCAAGGCAUCCGAGUUUCGUCCUAAUGCCGGCGCAGCCACAUUCAGCCCAUCCGGAACUGCGUUGCAGCCCUCGAGUCCCAAUUCUGCUCAGAGAUCCAGUUCUGUAUCCAGGACUGCCAGUCCGUCUGCCUUUUUUGCCGGCAGAAAGCCGAAAUCGCCAACAGACAGACCAUCACUUUCCCAGGACUUCAACGCAAUCGUCCGAAUGAAAGGAGACAAUGACCGCUCCGACUCAAAAUCGGAAGAGCCUUUCAAGGACUACACCAAUAAUGGUGGCAUUCCCAAUGCUUUCCAGACUGGGCCACGCUGGACCGUGAGGGACCAGAAUGACCAGAAGACCUAUGAAGAGGCAUUCGCACGCCCUGGUGGACUGUCAUCAUCUCCUGCACAAGCUGGCACGGGCCCAGCUCAACACCCAGCAUUUCCUGGCCAACCAGGUGUCAUCCCUAGCGGACCGUCCAACAUCCCCCACAUCUCAACUCCGCAACAUGGCCAUCAUGGUGCUCCUCAUCACUACCCACCUCAGUAUGAGGAUGCAGGUCAUCGUGUGCAAUUCGGCUCGGUCACUUCUGGUGUAUAUCCUUCUCCCAGUCUUGCAUCCCGGCAGACUUCGGCCUAUGCUUCUCCAAUGAACCAUCACGCUCAACUGGUGUACCCACAGAGUCAACCAUAUUACAGACCUGCGGCAGGGCAGAUGCCCAUGCAAGUUCAACAUUAUCCUGGAACUCCUGGUAUGAUGCACGCACAAGUGGGACAGAUGGGUCCACAGAUGAUGGUGCAGCAAGCCUCCAGUGGACCCUACAUGGGCGUCCCCCCACAAUUCGGCCCCCAGGUCCAUAUGUACUCCCCUAGCUCCGGUCAUGUCCAUCCACAGCAGAAUGGUUUUGCCAGCCCUCAGCGGGUUGCGCCGGCGAUGAUGCAGCAAGGAUCCCAGCAAGGCUACCCAGUUGCACCGCCAAUGAUGUACAGCAUGUCAGGCCAAGGUGGCCCAUCAAACUAUCAACAACAACAUAUGAAUGGCCCUCGUGGGGGGUACGGCGGACAUCAUUAUGGUGCGGCGCAAGGGUACACCGGAGGUCAUCGAACGAUGAGCACUGGGUACCCACAGAUCCCCCAGAAGAAUUUUCAGCAUCAGCAGAACCAUGGACCUCAACCAAACGGCCCACCCCACGGCGUGCCAUACAAUCCGCUAGAAGGCGUUCAGGAUGAUGGCAAGCAUUAACAGAUGAGGCUACCACUAGGGAAGCAUCAAACCUCUUCUUGCUGGCAUGAUUACCGCAUCAGUGGGCAAAGAUACAUGACUACGCCUCGGGCACCACACAACAAAGAUCGGCAGAGCUCAAAGAGCACGCGAUAGCGCUGUCAACGAGUUAUCGCGGUUGGUAGUAUCAUCCUUUGUUCAUCCCUCGGUCUAACUAAACUCGCAGACUAUUCAGGCAUUCACCCUGAAGCUCGACAGGAUACUCACCAAAAAUUCAAAACAAUGGUUCAAAUCGAGUCAGGUCCUUGCACAGGCUUUUGGGCAGAGCUGCUGGCUGAAAGACCAGAGACAUGGUGGCCGUUCUCGAGAUUGAUAUAAGGCGCAUGUUGCUAUGGCUAGUUAGCCAAGCGAGAUUGCGAAUGGCUGGGGUGGACGACAGCUUCUGAUUGAUGCAGCGGCUUAUGGCUGGGGUAAAGGAUCAGACAGAUGACUAUGGAAUAGUGGUCGACGGCGAGAGAUCAGCUUGCGAAUGGACAAAACCGUUGGUCAAGGUUCGCGGCAGAGCGAUUGGUCGAAAGAUGGAUGGCCGUGGAGGAGACACAUCAAGUAGCUGCCCACGAGUAGCCAUAAGAUAGGACUCGAUCGAAUCAAUAAGCCGAGUGCCUGUAUACUCAGGUUCUAACCUUGGUCGAUUUCACGACUUGAAAUUUGUCGAGGCGUAAAGGCAUAGACCCGCCACCAUAUCAGCGGGCUGGUGACUCAAUCACAGGCAACGCGGCGGUGAGGAGAAUAGCGAGGACGAAGGGGUGGUGAGGUGGAAGCGUUCUGGCUGAGAAUUGAAGGCCGGGCCAGCCUUGAUGCUCUAUCAUUGAUCUAUGAAAGUUUUGAUUAUAUACCAGAUAAAUUCACACCACGACCGGAUAUAAGGUGAGAUUUGGGUGGAUGGUUGAGAUAUAUUGACAAGCUUAGCCAUGGCCAUGCGAGCAGUCCGCAGUGAUUGA